AACUGGCUACAUUAGCAUACCUGCAGCCGUCCUGAUAGCCUCAGUACACCACAUCUCUUCGCAGAGAUUAGUCUUCCCACAAUGUCGGAGCUAAAAUACCUGUCAGGAUUCGGAUCGGAGUUUAGUUCAGAAGACCCGCGUCGGCCGGGCGCAUUGCCAGUCGGUCAGAACUCUCCUCAACGCUGUCCGUACGGCCUCUACGCUGAACAACUCUCUGGGUCCGCAUUUACCGCGCCCCGAACAGAGAACAAACGAUCCUGGCUCUACAGAAUCCGUCCAUCCGUCGUGCACCAGCCGUUCAAAAAGAUAGACAUCGCUAAAUAUCUCACCCACAACUGGGAUGAAGUGGAACCAGAUCCUAAUCAGUCUCGUUGGCUACCCUUCGAUAUCCCGCCAGCGGAUCAGAAGGUGGACUUCGUGCGGGGUCUGCACACGGUGUGCGGCGCAGGGGACCCGCGGGCACGUCACGGCCUCGCCAUACAUGUCUACCUCUGCAACACAUCUAUGGAUAAGAGUGCAUUUUAUAGCAGCGAUGGAGACUUACUUAUUGUACCACAACAAGGAAACCUGAAGAUCACUACGGAAUUCGGUAUAAUGAAGAUAUGUCCCAACGAGAUAGCCGUGAUACAGCUCGGCAUGAGAUUCGCUGUCGAAGUGGAAGGUCCUAGCCGGGGCUACAUUUUAGAAGUAUUCGAUGGCCACUUCAAGCUGCCUGAUUUGGGUCCUAUUGGGGCAAAUGGUUUGGCAAACCCUCGUGACUUUCUAACCCCAGUUGCUUGCUACCAAGACGAAGACGUACCAGGAUUUAAAAUAAUAAACAAAUACCAAGGCGCACUUUUCGAAGCCGUCCAGAACCAUUCUCCUUUCGAUGUUGUGGCUUGGCACGGGAACUAUGUGCCUUAUAAAUACGAUCUGAGCAAUUUCAUGGUCAUCAACUCCGUAUCAUUCGACCAUUGUGACCCUUCUAUAUUCACGGUGUUGACAUGUCCGUCGACAAAGCCCGGUGUGGCGAUCGCAGACUUUGUCAUCUUCCCACCGCGAUGGUCUGUGCAGGAAAACACAUUCAGACCUCCGUAUUAUCACAGGAAUUGUAUGAGUGAGUUCAUGGGACUUAUCCUCGGCUCGUACGAGGCGAAAGAGGACGGUUUCCUUGCGGGCGGUGCGUCUCUGCACUCCAUGAUGACGCCGCACGGACCCGACUCGCAGUGUUUUGACGCCGCGUCCAAUGCUACAUUAGUACCUCAGAAGAUUGCAGUUGGCACUCAGGCAUUUAUGUUCGAGUCAUCUCUGAGUAUGGCCAUCACACGCUGGGGUUUGCAGACUUGUCAUAAGCGAGACACCAAAUACUACGAAUGUUGGCAGAAACUACCCAAACUCUUCUCUGACAAGAUACAAGUUUAAUGUUUAUUGUUUUGUAGUCCAAAAUAAAGGUCCACUGCCAAAACACUGGUUUAAUUUUUUAUUUAAU